AUGGCUAGCUCCGAUUCCAUCGUGAAGGUCGCCGCCGUGGGGGUUGUGGGUGCUGCCGCAGGAGCCGCUCUAGCAUUGGCCGCAACGAAGGGCCCUGCCCCUGUGGAGAAGCCGAAGAAAGUCGUUCUCGACCCCCGGAUCGCAGCUGCCUUGGAGGCCGCUCGUGCCGAAUGUGGUGAGGGCAAGUGGGGUCCAGAUGAUGGCGCCACCGCCACUGCCUGGGUUGCUUAUCAGAUGUCGGACAAUGCGUUCAUUUUCCCCAUCACGCCGUCCACGCUCCUUUCCGAGAUGUGCGACACUUGGUCCGCAGGUGGCGUCCAGAAUGCUUUCGAGCAGGUGACGAAGAUCACUCAGCUGCAGUCUGAAGCCGGAGCUGCAGGUGCCAUGCAUGGCGCACUUGCUGUGGGCGGUCUGGCCACGACCUUCACAGCUUCCCAAGGACUUUUGCUGAUGGUCCCGAACAUGUACAAGAUUGCAGGAGAGUUGACCCCCUGCGUGAUGCAUGUAGCAGCGCGCGCUGUUGCGGGACAGGCCCUCAGUAUUUUCGGGGAUCAGAACGACAUCCAAGCCGUGCGGUCGACUGGCUUUGCUAUCCUUUUUGGAAGCACUGUCCAGCAGGCCCUUGAUUUUGCCCUUGUCUCGCACAUUGCCACCCUGCGUUCCCGGGUUCCGUUCGUUCACGCCUUCGACGGCUUCCGCACGUCCCAUGAGAUCCAGAAGAUCCAGGCCUACCCGAAGGAGAUCUUCCAAAAGGUUGUGGACCUCUUGGCACCGGAGAUCGAUGCUCACCGUUCCAGAGCAUUGAAUCCGAACCAUCCGCAUGCGCGUGGCACCGCGCAGUGUGAUGACAUUUAUUUUCAAGCGGUGGAGGCCGCGAACAAGUACUACUUGGAUGUUCCAGAGAUUGUGGCGGAGGCUUUCCUAUGGAUUGAGAAGCUGAGCGGCCGCAAGUACACGCUCUUUGAGUACGUUGGCAGUCCCCGUGCCAAGUACGUUUUGAUCCUCAUGGGCUCCGGCGCCGGAGUCGUGGAGGAGUACUUGGCCAAGAUGGGUGACAAGGCCAAGGAUUGCGGCUGCCUCAAUGUCCACCUCUACAGGCCCUGGAGCGAGAAGCACUUCUUGGCUGCCUUGCCGAACCUCUCCGGCCUCCGGGCCGUGGCCGUAUGUAACAAGAUGAAGGACCCUGCGGCCCAUGGCGAGCCCUUGUACCUGGACGUUUGCACCUCCCUUCAGCGAGCCAAAUGCAACGCCAACGUCAUCAAUGGCCGCUACGGUCUGUCUAGCAAGGACUUCACCCCUGGCAUGGUGGAAGCCAUCUAUAACAACCUUCGGUCCAGGAAUCCGAAGCAUCCUUUCACGGUGGGCUUGGAGGAUGAUGUGACCCACUACUCUCUGCCUUUCGACCGCCUGGAGACCGUUCCUACCCACACCAAGCAGUGCAUCUUCUGGGGUUUCGGAAGUGAUGGAACCGUGGGGGCAAACAAGAACACGAUCAAGAUCAUUGCACAGAACACGCCGCUUUACGCACAGGGCUACUUCAAGUACGAUGCCCUGAAGUCAGGCGGUGUGACCAUUUCGCACCUCCGUUUCGGCCCCGAGCCGAUCAAGGGAAGCUACCUCAUUGAUGCUGGGUGCAACUACUUGGCGAUCCACAAGAAGGAGUAUAUCUUCAGCUUCUUCGCUGACUUGAUGCUGGGACCCCUUGCGGAUGGAGGCACUCUGGUGCUGAACUGCCCCUGGACCGAUGCGGAGAUGGAGACGGUGCUUCCAGCCCCCUUCCGCAAGAUCAUCGGCGAGAAGAAGCUGAAGGUCAGCGCCAUCGAUGCUAGCGCAGUUGCCAAGCGAACAGGCAUGGGCAAGCUCAUCAACAACAUCAUGACGGCAGUCUUCUUCGAGCUUUCGGGCGUGUUGCCCACAGAGCAGGCUUUGUCCCUACUCAAGGACGCCGUGAAGAAGACCUACAAGAACAAGGGUGAUGCCAUUGUGAACCAGAACAUCAAAGCUGUGGAGGCCGCAAUCGAAGCCCUGCGAACUGUUGAAUACAACCCUGCGGUCUGGGCUGGACUUGAAUCGGACCCCAACGUGGUCUACGCCAAGACCCGUGCGGAGACUCCGCCCGCGUAUGUCACCGAUGUCUUGGACAAGGUGCAGACGAUGCGCGGUCAUGAGCUGAAGGUGAGUGAGGUGGAAGCCGAUGGCUGCGUGCCGCUGUCGCAAACACGCUAUGCCAAGCGUGGCGUGGCUGAGUCCGUGCCAGUUGUUGACAUGGACAAGUGCAUCCAGUGCAACGUGUGCAGCGCCAUUUGCCCUCACGCUGUGAUCCGACCCUUCCUGCUCUCGCAUGCUGAGCUGAAGCAGGCUCCGGAAGCCUUCGACGCGCGAAAGGCAACAGGCGGAAACACCUACGCUGGACUUCACUUCCGCAUUCAGGCCUCGCCAAACGACUGCACAGGAUGCGAGGUUUGCACCAACGCCUGCCCUGUUGGAGCUCUGUCCAUGCUUCCACGCCUGGAGUCCAUCGACAAGGGCCAUGGUGACAACUGGGACUAUGCCAUGAGCAUGCCGAAUCGCGGAAAGCGAUUUGACGCCAACACCCUGAAGGGAUGCGGUGAGACUCCUUAUGCCAAGCUGGUGACGCAGAUGUUCGGCAAGCGCCUCAUCGUUGCGAACGCCACAGGCUGCAGCAGCAUCUGGGGCGGCACCGCCGGUUGGGUUCCGUACGCAAAGGACAAGGAGACUGGCAAGGGAACUGCCUGGGGCAACUCGCUGUUUGAGGACAACGCUGAGUAUGGGCUUGGCCAAGUCAUCCAUGUGCGCCAGCGACGUCGCCAGCUUCGCGAUCGCGUUGAGGCCGCGCUUGCAAGGGCCGGCAAGUCCCUGAGCGUGGCCUUGAGGAGCCUCCUGGAGCAAUGGCUGGAAUUCGGCGAGGAUAGCACCAUCUCGGAGCGCCUCAGCGACGAGAUUUUGCCGCUGCUGGAUGCGGAGCAGGGCAAGGCCAAGGAGAUUGCCGAGCUUAUCCGCCUGAAGGACAUGUUCACCAAGCCUUCCAUGUGGAUGUUCGGAGGCGACGGAUGGGCAAACGACAUUGGCUAUGGCGGCAUCGACCACGCCAUCGCCAGUGGAAACAACGUCAAAAUCGUGGUUCUGGACACGGAGGUGUACUCCAACACUGGUGGACAGUCCUCGAAGUCGACUCCCAUGGGAGCUGUGGCCAAGUUUGCCCAGGCUGGCCGCGAUCAGCGCAAGAAAGACCUCGGAGCCAUGGCAAUGGCCUACCAGCACGUCUACGUUGCUUCCGUGGCCAUUGGCGCCAACUACAAGCAGUGCGUCGAGGCAUUUACGGAGGCUGAGAAGUACGAUGGGCCUGCCCUUCUGAUGUGCUACGCCCCCUGCAUUGAGCAUCGCUUCUUCAAGACAGGCCUUUCGGCGAUGUCUCUUGACCAGCGCGACGCCGUCGAGUGCGGCUACUGGCCUCUCUACCGCUUCAACCCUUCCCUUGCUCGCGCGGGAGACAACCCCUUCAUCCUCGACUCGAAGAAGGUCACCGGAGACGUCAUGAAGUUCUUGAAUCGCCAGAACCGAUACGCCCAGCUUGUGAGGAGCUCUCCUGCCGUGGCUGAGAAGCUUCAGGGAGAGCUGCAGGUCUACCUCAAGCAGCGCCAUGCCAGCCUCAAGCAGAAGGCAUCCGAGCUAUCCCAGGAUGUGGCCGCGCUCAAGGACGGCCUCAAGCAAGCCAACUCCGUCGCGGAACCUGUCCUCAUCGCCUUCGGCUCGGACACAGGCGUGACUGAGCAAGUGGCAAAGAAGUUCGCAGGUCUGUGCGCUGAGCGCGGAGUUCAGGUGCGACGCACCUGCGACCUGGAUGAGAUCAGCGACAUGGAGGAGCUGAAGGCGGCGGCCCUCGGUGCCACCUGUGUGGUGAUGUGCUCCACCUGUGGUCACGGCGACUUCCCACAGAAUGCUGGCCUUUUCUGGAGCAGCCUUUCUUCCAGCACUCUGGCACCGAAGGAGCUUGACGGCAUUCGCUUCUGCGUCUUUGGCAUGGGUGACCGCUCCUAUCAUGACUCCUUCUGCGAGGCCGCCAAGAAGAUUGAGGAGCGCAUGAAGCAGUUGGGCGCCACGCGCAUCUUGGAAAUGGGCAUCGGCGACGACCGCGACGAGGACAAGUGGGAGACAGGUUUCACUGCCUGGUUGCCCAAGUUCUGGGCAACCAUCAAGGCCCCCGAGCCGGUGGAUGACGGCAGGCCCAAAACACCGCUCUUCGAGGUCAAGUACCACGAGGGAGCUGCCUCGGUCACUGCCCCCAUGGUGCCACCGGGAUCCCAGCUCUUGACGGUCACGGAGAACAAGCGUCUUACCCCGAACGAGUACGAGCGAGACAUCCGGCACUUGGCCCUAAGCCUCGAGGGUGUGGACUUCCCAUUCGACCUGGGCGAUGCGGUCGCACUCUACCCGGAGAAUCUUCCCAAGGACGUUGAUGAAGCACUGAAGUUCCUCGAGUUGGAUGGCGACAAGGUCAUCAGCGUGAAGUGCGUCGGAGACGUCUCGGAGCGCCAUCGCCGCUGCUUCGACCAGCGAGUGACGGUCCGACAGGUGCUGACGAACAUGCUCGACCUCUUCGGUCGCCCCUCGCGCUCCUUCGUGACGGAUCUCGCACGCUUCGCCAACAACGCUGACGCAGAGGCUCUUCGCCGAUUGGGCUCCCCGGCUGGAACCGCAGCUUGGACCGCUCUGGUGGAUGAGUGCCCGUCCUUCUUCGACAUCAUGAAGAAGUAUCCCAGCGCAAAGAUGCCACUGGAGCAGCUGAUCUCGGUGCUGCCGAUGAUCAAGCCAAGAAUCUACUCGAUUGCCUCGGAUGCGCGAUACAGCCCGAAGGCGGUAGAGUUCACCAUUGUCAUCAACCAGUGGAAGUCCAAGGCCACGGGUGCCGUGAAGACAGGCACCUGCACCAAGUUCAUCCAGCACAUGCCGGUCGGAAGCAAGGUGCCAUGUGCCGUCGUCUGCGGUACCUUCCAGUUCCCCAAGGACGAAACGACGCCCAUGGUGAUGGUUGGCCUCGGAACCGGUAUUGCACCUAUUCGCUCCUUCAUGCAGGACAAGCUGUACAAGAAGAACCACGGCAUCAAGACCGGUCCCAUGGUCGUCUUCUACGGCUGCCGACAUGAGAAGGAAGAGCUUCUCUACAAGGACGAGUGGAAGAUGUACGAGAAAGAGGGCAUUUUGACCGCUCUCGUUGGUGCCUUCCAGUUCGACAAGCCCCACUACCCUCCCAAGCAGAUCUUCGUGUCGGACAAGAUGGCGGAGCGACCCGAGCUCAUCAGCGACAAUCUGUUGGAAAAGGGCGGCUACUUCUUCAUGUGCGGUCCGGCCGUGGCCACCCCUUCCGUGCAGAAGGCGCUCAAGGCUGCCCUCGUCAAGCGUGGACAGAGCCAUGCCCCAUCCCAGGCCGAGAAGGAUAUGUGGCCCUCGGUGUGCCCCAAGACCGACUCCGAAGCGGAUAUGUGGUUCAAGGACUUCAUGGCUGCGGGACGUUACUCGGAGGAGUCGUACUAA